CAAGCAUUUCCAUCUCCCAAAAGAUUUCCCAAGCAUCUGUAUUUUGCAAUACUGAGCAAGUCCAACCACCUCUCAGCACGGACAAGAUGAAGCAGACCGUCGUCCUGUACCCCGGCGCCGGCGUUAGUCAUGUCGUUGCCAUGACCGAGCUAGCCAACGUCUUCCUGAAGCACGGCUACGAUGUCACCAUGGUGAUGGUCGAGCCGCCCUUCAAGUCGUCCGACUCCAGCGCAGCCGCCAUCCAGCGGAUCGCCGCCUCCAACCCGUCCAUCUCUUUCCACUUCCUCCCGGCACUCCCUGCCCCCGACUUCGCCGCCUCCGGCAAGCACCCAGUCCUACUCUUUCUCCAGCUCUUUCUCGAUUACAACCAGCUGCUGGAAGCAUUCCUCCUCUCCUUCCCCCGGAAACGGUUGCACUCCGUUGUCCUCGACAUGUUCUGCGUCCACGCUCUGGACGUCUGCGUGAAGCUCGGCAUCCCGGUCUACACGUUCUUCGCCUCAGGCGCCUCGUGCCUGUCCGUCCUGACCCAGUUCCCUGCACUCAUAGCCAGCAGGCAGACAGGCCUGAAGGAGCUCGGGGACACGCCGCUUGAUUUCCUCGGUGUUCCGCCGAUGCCGGCGUCCCAUCUCAUCAAGGAGCUGUUGGAGCACCCGGAGGACGAGCUGUGCAAGGCGAUGACCAACAUCUGGAAGCGCAACACCGAGACAAUGGGUGUUUUGGUGAACACGUUCGAGUCGCUGGAGAGCCGGGCGGUACUGUCGCUCAGGGACCCGCUCUGCGUCCCCGGCAGGGUCCUACCUCCGGCCUACUGCAUCGGGCCGUUGGUCAGCGAGGGCGCGAAGGGCGGCGACGGCACGGAGAGGAACGAGUGCCUCGCGUGGCUCGAUUCACAGCCGGACCGCAGCGUCGUGUUCCUCUGCUUCGGAAGCAAGGGCACGGUCUCCGCGGAGCAGCUAAAGGAGAUAGCCGCUGGCCUAGAGAGGUCCGGGCAGCGGUUCCUAUGGUCCGUGCGGACGCCGUCCGAAAGCCAAGACGCGAAGAAAUACUUGGAGGUGCGCCCUGAGCCGGACCUUGAUGCGCUCAUGCCGGAGGGGUUCCUAGAGCGGACCAAGGACAGGGGCCUCGUCAUCAAGUCGUGGGCACCGCAGGUGGACGUGCUCCGCCACCGCGCGACCGGCGCGUUCGUGACGCACUGUGGGUGGAACUCGGUGCUGGAGGCCGUCUCCGCGGGCGUCCCGAUGCUGUGUUGGCCGUUGGACGCGGAGCAAAAGAUGAACAAGGUGUGCAUGACAGAGGACAUGGGCGUCGCGGUGGAGCUGGAUGGGUACAUGACGGGUCUUGUGAAGGCGGAGGAGGUGGAGGCCAAGGUAAGGCUGGUGAUAGAGGGCGAGGAUGGGAGACAGCUUAGGGCGCGGGUGGCUGCUCGCAAACAGGAGGCGAAGGCGGCGCUGGGGGAAGGGGGCUCGUCAAGGGCGGCGUUCGUUCAGUUUCUCUUGGAUGUGGAUAGUAUCGGAGAGCAGAUAGCCGAGUGACGUAUUCCAGCUUGCUCUUUCGAACUGCUCUUGUCGUCUAUGAGUAUCUCGCUAGGCCAAAGUGCAGCCUGAUCAAUCAAUCACUUAAGUUGCUGGUAUGUAGUACCUUUUGUGAAACGUAUAUGGUGGCUUGCGCAGUACGUAGAGGGGCAGCGUCUUAAGUUGCUUUUAGGAUUGAGUACACCAUAUAUGCAAAAUAAAUGUUUGUCCAUAUCUCGGUUGAUAGCUUAAGUCUUAGUCACAUGAGAAAUAUAUGAAAAAAAUUAGAUGACAGGGGGUUAGUCA